AUGGAUAAGAAUGUUAUAAGUGUGGAUGAUUAUACAAUAGCUACGGUUGAAGAGAAUGAUAUUGACUUGAUUGAAAAUGCUCUGUCACAGAGUCUUCAACAAAACAGUUGGGAGGAAAGAACGGUUGAACUCAACAGUCGUAUCUUAGAUUUCAAAUUAUUCAAGGAUUCUAAUGCUAAUAUUGGUAGUAUUAAGCAUGAUGAUGAAGCCAUAGAUGUUCUUAUGCAAGAUAUUAAAACAUUGUUCGGACUCGAUGAAUUCAUUCGUGUGAGGUCCAACAAGCCUUCUGAUAGCUCUUCAGCGCAAUUAAGUAAUCUUAUCAGUAUUUUGAGUCAAGCACAAGCUGCCACAAACUUGCCGUAUCCUAUCCUCAUCCAGCAUGGUCCUGACUGUAAUCGGUUGUAUUCAGGAGUUGUUCGAAAACCUGACAUGAUUACACAUUACAACACUAUCAGACUUCGUCAUAUUUUCCGAAAACAUAAAAUUCUUUCAGGACUGACAGAACUUCUUCGUGAGCAUGUGAAAGCUCUUUAUGAUCAGCAAGUUUUACGAAGUAUCGCCACCGAUUUCGAGAACAUGGCAAAUAUUACAGCAGAAUCUACUUAUCGUUAUCAGAUUCCGAACUAUAGUGCCGAAAAGGACUUUGUCAGAGCAAUCGAGCUGAUUGCUGUAUGGAAAAACUUUAGGGAAGACACUUUGCGUGAGAAUAAAGAAGGUGAUUUAAAGCGAAUGGAUCCCUCUGCUUCCUGGAAAAUUUCAUUUGAUUUCCUUCCAAACUCCGGAUACAAUGAAAAACUAUUAUCAACUCUGAUGAACGAAACAGAGCAUCUAGAUGAUUUAGAAUGUUUGACGGAUGAUAUGGCUCCUAGAAGAGAAGAGUUCUUGUUCUACACUAAACCUGAAACUAGCGACAAUGAGUUUUUCGAUAGCUUAGAAAAAGUUUAUUAUGAGGAUUACAUCGAAGAAGAAUAUAAAAGACUUUUGAUGUAUAAAAAUCUCCACAACAAGCAGGAAUUGAUUCACGAAUGGUGGGAGAAGCACGUAUUCCACAAAGUCCAAAAAGGUAACGGCGAGUUGCUUUCCGAAAUUUCUAGUACUCUCGAGGAAAUUAGAAACGAAAAUGAGCAUACUAUCCCUACAACUGUUUGUUCCCGCCUUGGGAAAGUAUUGUUCUUCAGUGAAUCAGGACGGGAGCGAUGUCAGUUUGCUCAAAUGAGAUUAUUCGCCAAGUUUGUGGAAGCACUAGAGUACAGAUAUGAGAAAUGUCUUGAUGUUUAUCAUUAUGCAUCUAAAGAACCCGCUUCUUAUUUCAAAUCUUUAUCAGAUUACCUAUGUAACAUUCAGAGAUGUAUAGAACUGAGAAGAACUGAAUUCAAGAAGUUAGACAACCUAGUUAGUUUUGGAGAAGACGAAUUCCACGAUGCCAUAGAACAUAAUGAUCAUGAAUCUAUUAUGUCAAACCCUCAUUCAUAUGCCAUUGGUUGUAUUUUGAAGUUAGGUGCAGCAAACUAUAAAAAUGUAAGAGAAUGGUUGCGUCAAGAUCUUAUGAAGCAAGCCGUCAUCAAUUUUGCCCACAAAUGGCCUGUUCAUUUCCCAACGGAUUCCUUGAAAGAAACGGUUUCUUCGGUUCACAAAGCUUUACUUUCCCUAUCAUAUGAUGAUUAUUUGGAUGCUUUUCGAGUUAUCAAGAAAAGAGAACGUCAUCUUGACAUGUACAUUUCCGCUUUCAAUGCCUUGAUUGAACCAUGGAACAAGCAAUUUCCAAAGGAAACCAUUACAAACGAUAAUCUGGAAAUUCAUAACUUAGUCAAUGAUAUCAUAAUACAUCAUAAUAGACAAAGUUCCUGUAUUGCAUUUGAUGGAGUUAACUUGCCAGAAGAAGGCAAUACAUUGCCAGUGAAAAUAGCUCGCUAUCUCAAGGAAGUGAUUGCUACACAGCUGAAGCCAGAUGAGGAAGGUUUUACAAAAAAACAAUUCUAUAUAAGAUGGAAAACAGAGAGCAGUGGUAUCAAAGGCAAAAUGAUGUACCAUAGAUUAUAUGCUAACAUUCAAAGUGAUAAAGUUGUGCUGGGCUCUGUCAUAACUCGUGAUUGUACCUUCUUUUGA